GGGAAGGAUGUCACAAUGGGGCGUUCAUCAAUCUACUUACACACCAUCAUGUUCAGGCAGCUCGCUGCUCUCUCCAGCACCCUGCCGAAAUUCGCCAACAAGAUCAGGAAAAAGGACGGCAUGAGCAAAAUAAAGAUGGAGCUGAGAGUUGGAAACAAAUACAGGCUGGGCAGGAAGAUUGGCAGCGGCUCUUUCGGGGACAUUUACCUGGGUGCAAACAUAGCUACUGGAGAAGAAGUUGCGAUAAAGUUGGAAUGUGUCAAAACGAAACACCCACAGCUCCACAUUGAAAGCAAGUUUUACAAAAUGAUGCAAGGAGGAGUUGGGAUCCCGUCCAUUAAAUGGUGCGGAGCGGAAGGCGAUUACAGCAUGAUGGUGAUGGAGCUGCUCCGCUCGGGGCCCAGCCUCGCCCCUCUUCAACUUCUGCUCCAACGCAAGUUCAGCCGGGCGACCGUGCUGCUCCUGGCGGACCAUGAAAUCAGUCGAAUUGAGUACAUUCAUUCCAAAAACUUCAUCCACCGUGAUGUUAAACCAGACAACUUCCUCAUGGGCUUGGGCAAGAAGGGGAAUCUGGUUUACAUCAUCGACUUUGGCCUGGCCAAGAAAUAUCGCGACGCGCGGACUCACCAGCACAUCCCAUAUCGGGAAAACAAAAACCUGACUGGUACGGCGCGGUACGCCUCCAUCAACACCCAUCUGGGCAUCGAACAAAGUCGCCGUGAUGACCUGGAGUCACUGGGUUACGUCCUGAUGUAUUUUAACUUGGGCUCGUUGCCAUGGCAGGGACUGAAAGCGGCCACUAAACGGCAGAAGUACGAGCGUAUCAGUGAGAAAAAGAUGUCAACUCCCAUCGAAGUGUUGUGCAAGAGCUACCCGUCUGAGUUUUCUACCUACCUGAACUUCUGUCGCUCCUUGCGUUUUGAUGACAAGCCUGACUAUUCGUACCUACGCCAGCUUUUCAGGAACCUUUUCCACCGGCAGGGCUUCUCGUACGACUACGUCUUUGAUUGGAACAUGCUGAAGUUUGGUGCGGGUCGUACCCCAGAGGAGAGCGAGCGUGAACGCAGAGACCACGAGCGUGAAGAGCGGGUGGUGCAGACGCGCAGUUCUGCGACGCGAGUUCUACCGCCCGGCACGGGAGCCGGCGCCGUGGGCAACCGGUUACGGAACGGUCAAGAUGCCACGCUCCCCACUCAGGCCACCCGUGUCCAGCAGUCUGCAAACACCUCGCCAAGGCCCAUCUCUCGAGCGGAGAGGGAGCGCAAGGUCAGCAUGAGGCUGCACAGAGGGGCUCCAGCCAACGUCUCGUCCUCCGAUCUUACAGCGCGGCAAGAUGCGUCCCGUAUUUCUGCAUCACAGACCAGUAUGCCCUUUGAACAUCUGACAAAGUGACUAAUGUCGUUGGAACAGCAGGUAAGAUUUGAUUCCUUCGCUGACGUGAGCCAACGAUCGGGACGUUCUUUCCGCCAUUGACCACUGCGAACAGGCUUUCGGGGAGGAUAUUGGAACAGGGCUCGCUACGGCCUGCUAUUUUAUUUGUGUGUGAAUUGGGAAACGCGGGACCUCCAGUUUCAGUCUGAACAUACUUGCAAUGAUCUUGUCAAUCACCUCAGAUUUAUUAUAUGCAUUUCUUUUUUUUCCCCUCCUGUCUGUUUGGAGUUUUCUUUUUACCUGGAAGAAACCCCCCUCUCCCCUAACCCCCCCCCCUCCAAUACGCCCCUCUGAAUUUCACCCUCACUGCCCCCUCCCCUUUCCAGCCCUACAAGAAGGAAGUUGUGCCUCCUGCCUUCAAGUAGUCAAGGCCUUGCUCCUCUUCCGAACGGCGGCCAGCUGCAAUUGUCCCGUCUUCCCCGCCUUUUGCCACCCGCCCGCCGACUUGCGGGAGGGUUGGGUUGGCUUUUCCAAACGAUCAUUUAAAGAUGGGAGGUGAGAGGAAAAGAGGAAAAACGCUAAAAUACUGAGAUUGGGAGGGAAAAACGAUGUGUAGUAAUCCUGAUUCAGCAAUGCCAAACUUGGCCACUGAUAUUUUCUUUUAAAACAUACACUGGCAUCCUCUCAGCGACUGAGUUUAAGUAGUUAGAUCUAGCACCCGAUGCUACCGUAGACUUUGCGCGGUGUGGUAUAAGUAGAAUUGGGAACGCCUCCUUCAUUUUUAAGUCACAUUUGUAGGUCCCUGUACAUAAGGCAUUUUCUUUAACAUCCUCCACCCAGACUGAACCUUCACUCUGAAUAAUAUUCACUCUGUGUCUCUUUCCUUGUAAGUAUUGAAAGUUAAUUUUUUUUUAAUCUGUAUCCAGGGUGAUAAGACUUAAUAUUUUUAAAAGUAUAUAUAAAAUCGGUUAUGAUUUUUAAUAGCAGCACUACUGUUGCAAAAAUGGGAACGGCGAAAAUCCUUUCCCAGCAAAUGCCCAUUUAACAAGGGUUUGUCAAAUCAGAACUGCUUUGUCCUCUUUGGUGUCAACUAUAUCUUGUACAUGUGUGUUGACAAAACCAGUGACUUGGAACUGCAUUGGCUGCUAACUUCUGAAGAAUGUAUGUAUUUAUUUUUUAAAGUCUUUUUUAUAGUGUUCUGUUGUCUUUUCUUCAAGAAAGGAUCAGAAAAUGCAGAGGGGAGUGAGGGACGUAAGGUUUUCUAAUCCAGAUCGGGAUCCAAAUUAAACAACUUUGCAUUAACUCGGAGCUGGAGUUGCAAAGUUCUGCUUUCAACCAGACAUUAAUCGCUUGUCCUUGGAGGAACACCAGUCCCUGUGCUCUAGUAUUUUCCGAAAUCCUGAAGAUUAAAGUUGCGUUGAAAUCCGGAUCCUUUUUUUUGUUUGUAAGGCAUCGUGUGUUUUAGUUUGCGUUGUUGAAGAUUGGCACCAGGCAUGCGGCCUGUAUUGGUCCAAGUAAGAGGAGUAAUGACAAAACAAAUCCAUGUUGUAUAUUGUACUUCAAACCGUUUUCUGAAUGUGUGUGUGUGUACGUGUAUGUAUUUUGGCUACUGGCAAGACUUUAAGGGAAUUAACGAUUAGUGGCUUCAAGACUUCUGGCUUGGUUCAUUUUGUAAUCACUCCCAAAUUUUAGCCUGUGCACAGCAUGUGUUUGUCUUGCCUGACCUGGAUUUUAUUUUCAGAAGUGACACAGCCUGACUAGUUAGGGGCCAUGCAAGACUAGAAUACCUGUUUGCGAUUUUAAAACGGAGGAAAACACCUUUUUAUUGGUAAUGCAGAUAUAACUUUGCUCUUUGAGGGGAGUGCACUGAUUUUUAAGCUCUGGGUUUAAUGCCUGCAAUAAAGCAACAAAUGGAAGUGUCCUGUAACUAUGUUAGUUUGACCAUUUAGUGUUCCUGGCAGUGAUUUUGUUGGCUUUUCUGUGGGGUGGGUUGAGUCUAUCCUGUCUUGGGGAAAACUUCAAAAUGUGAACUUUGCUGAAAUGUAAAAUGGUUUGAACUGCCCCCUUGCCCAACCGCCCCUUUUUUAAAAAAAAAAAGAAAGUGCUCUCUGACCUGUCUCGAUGUCUAAUGUACAGUUCUUUAUUCCUGAUUCUAUUUAACGUUAUUUACAAUGCAAUUUAAUAUGGAUGUUAUUUGUGUACAUUUUAAAACUUAUAAAUAAAAGGGAGAGGAGAAAACUAA